AUGUUACACACACACAUAUUUGUAGAUGAAGGGUCCAUUUAUAACUUGCAUGCAUGUGACUGUACACGGACCGGAUUACUAUGUCCGCGAGAACAGCACAAACACUUACACUCUCGUGUCAAUAAUGUUGAGAUCAACGGUCUACCCUCUACUGCAGGUGAAAACAUCGGUGACCUACUGCGAGAUGUUGGUACAGCUAUUGGUCUACAAGUAGAGAACAACGACAUAGCGGCAGCACAUCGCGUGCCGUCCUACAGGAGAGACCGGGACCCAGCGCUCAUCGUGCAGUUUGUCAACAGAGCUAAGAGAGAUGACUGGAUCAGCAAAUAUCGACAGAUCAAGACCCUGACAGCCCGUGACGUGAACAAGAAGUUCCCAGCACAGCGUGUGUACAUCAAUGACCACCUCUGUCCAGAUAAUAAACUACUUCUCUCCAAACUCAAGCAGAGGUGUAAGGAGAUCGGUUACGCUUUCGCCUGGUCACGUGAUGGGAGAUUCUUCGCCAGGAAAAGUCAGGGGGAGCCGGCCAAGAGAAUCACCAGCUUCGAGGAUGUACAAAAGUUGGUGUAA